CUUGAGGAUGAGAGGAGGGCCACCAUUGGUCGGAACGUCGAGGUCGGAAUGCGACGGCGUCCAAUGGGCGUCGUAUCGGCCGGAACUCGACGUUUACGGCCCGAUUUCGAGCGGGCGAAUUCCUGCGAUAAAGAAGCGCGUGCGGAGGGAAUCGCGAUUGGCCGCAGUCGUUACUCGGUUAGAGUUUUUCGCCUCGGACCAGAAUCGUUCGUCGUCGUCCGACAUGAAGAGGCGCCGCAGACGGCGCGCCUGACCUCGCGGUUUUCGGUGUUGGAGGAACCCGGAUCUCCUUCUGCCGGGACCCUCGUCAUGAAGGUGACAGUGAAUUUCGGCAGCGUGCGAGUCAUCGUGCCGUGCGGAAGAGGAGACAUCUUGGUCAGAGAGUUGACCGAGUUGGCCGUCACCAGGUACAAGAAGGCCACCGGAAAGCCUUCUUGCGCUUGGGUGGCGGUGCGCAACCUGAAGAGCGUCGACGACGGAGGCAUCCUGGACCCCGACGACCGACUAUCCGACGUAGCCGACGACAGAGAACAGAUCGUGGCCGACUUCGAAGAGAGGCCCUGGCCUCCCGCCCACCACCCGGGAGACGGAACCAGCUCCAGUUCGGCCGGAACAGGCAGUCCCGACAUCUUCCGUUCGGCCGACGAAGACCGUCCCUCCGGAGAUCUUUCCGAUUGCGUCGACGUGCGCCUGGGUCGGCGCCCACCCCUAGGUGUGGCCGGUCUGCGAGUGAGGAGGGGAAGCGAACCCGCCCUCAACCGUCUGUCUCCGCCCGUCCAGGCUCCGGACCGCACCAAGAGGUGGUCGGCCGCCCUCGUGGUCGAAGAUCCUGCCCGCGCCCAGGCCAGGAAAGAGCCUCUGGGAGGAUCUUCGCCCGAAAGAGACCCGGAAGAAGAGGAAGAAGAGAAAAGAGAAGAAGGGGAAGAAGUAUCUGAAGAGGAAGAAUCAUCCGGCUCCUCCGUCCGGGAGGCGCUAAUAGCGCUGAAGAACGAAGCGGGUCCCUUGGGCAUCCACGUGGUUCCCGACUACGACCGAAAUGGAAGGGACUGCGGCUUGUUGGUGCAGGGAAUCGAACCCGGAGGGAGGAUCGACCGCGACGGUAGACUCCGAGUUUCCGACCGCAUUGUGGAGAUCAACGGACGUCGCCUGAGCCGCGUGGGUUUCCGCCAGGCCCAGGACAUCUUCAAGGAGGCUCUGAAGGCUCCCGAGAUCCGCCUGCGCCUGGUCCGAGCGCCCGUCGACCCACACCACCCGGCCGGAAGUCCGUCGCCGGAAGGGGAGAAGUCUUCGGAAGAGAUGGUGGUACGAGCCGAAGAGAGAGGCGAGGCGGAGACAAAAGUUGCCACCGUUACCCCCACCAAGAAGGUGCCGCCCGGCGUGCCUCACAGAAAUCCCAACGCGGCGCUGACGGCCAACACCAGGAAGAUCGGACGGAGGAUCCGCAUCCAACUGACCAAAGGUGUGGCCGGUCUGCGAGUGAGGAGGGGAAGCGAACCCGCCCUCAACCGUCUGUCUCCGCCCGUCCAGGCUCCGGACCGCACCAAGAGGUGGUCGGCCGCCCUCGUGGUCGAAGAUCCUGCCCGCGCCCAGGCCAGGAAAGAGCCUCUGGGAGGAUCUUCGCCCGAAAGAGACCCGGAAGAAGAGGAAGAAGAGAAAAGAGAAGAAGGGGAAGAAGUAUCUGAAGAGGAAGAAUCAUCCGGCUCCUCCGUCCGCCUUCUUGCGCUUGGGNCUACUGGUUUGGGCGUAAGUGUGAAAGGAAAGACUUCUACUGGACAAAAUGGAAGUGUCGAUCUUGGAAUAUUCGUGAAAUCGGUAAUUGAGGGAGGUGCUGCUUUCAAGGAUGGUCGACUGAAGACUGACGACCGACUGAUCGAUAUCGACGGGACGUCGUUACUGGGGAUGUCCAACGGCCGGGCCAUGGAAGCUCUGAGACGGGCCAUCAGCCCCCGGGACGGAGUCUUUCCCCCUUCCAUCACCUUGUCCGUCCGUCGGCGGGUCCGGUCCGCCGCCUCCCAUCCGGCCCGGGCACCGGCUCCCGGCCUUUCCGAUUCCGAUUCUGGCAGCGACUCAGUGGAAAAGAAGCGUAGUGCCGGCCAUCCCUCGGAAGCUGCAGCCACUUUUUUAGGGGAAGGAAGGAAAGACGACAACUUCAGGAAGAAGAGCCGAGACCCAGAGGCGGGAUGGGGUGGAACGGCGGCGGACCCUUCGGGCGGGACAUUGGAAACGCCGUCCGGAGAAACUGUGUUGAUCCAAACCGACGUUCCUGAUUGGUCGUCAAGAGCCAUUUUCUGCCCCUGCCCGGCCGGCGACCCCAAAGUGGAAAAGUCGGAGAAUACCUCAGACGGGCGGUUAUCUUCAGAAGAUACGAGUUUUUGUAGAGAUGGAUUUGGAAGACAGAGUAUUUCUGAAAAACGACAUGCUCAACUUGAUGCAAAAAACACGGACACAUAUCAGAGAAAUAAAAAAGCUCGAGCGGAAAGAGACCGUCACAAAAGCGAUUCCACGGACGUCAUUCAGUCUGAAGAACAGAAGUCCGCUAAAUCUGACUUAGAAGAAAAUAUAGGAAACGCCGAAGGAGAAUUAAAACCUGCUAUUAAUCUGAUGAGAUCUAAUUCUGCCGAUUCUCUCGUGAGCCUAAAGCAAUGUAAUAAUGAAAAAUUUAAAGGCAAAUCUUCUGGGAAGUACCAUAGGAAUCAUAAGUUCUUCUCUUCAUCUUGUUGCUGGAAUUGCCAGUCACCUGGUUGUCCCUAUCAUGCGGUGACACUUAUAAGCGGUGAUGGCAUUAUCAACAAAAAUAGCUUGGUCCAGCUAGGACCGUCCUUAGGAAUGAGAAAAUCCAGCAGUUUAGAAAGUCUUCAAACCAUGGUUCAUGAACUUCAGAAAAGGGAAGAAGUGAAUGAAUCCAUUUCCCAUCCUGCCACCAGAGUGAUUAGGGGCCGUGGCUGCAACGAAAGUUUCCGUGCAGCCGUUGACAGAUCUUAUGAAGCACCGGUUGCAGAAAUGAUGGAAACAUUGGAGGAAGAGAGUGAAAGUGGAAGUUCAAGUUGUCAGGUUGCAAAUGUUCUCAGUCGACCCAAUUUCAUUUCUCAUAAUUCCAGAAUGGCAGAAAACAGUACUGUUCAGGAUGAAAUUAUUGAUCCUUAUCAAAGAAAAGACAUUAAAAUAAGAAAGAAAGGAAUAUUUAAAGGUCUUGGAUCUGUUUUCAAAUUUGGCAAAAACAAAAAGCUUUGUCAAGAGAGUGUUAAAAGAUUAACAAAAGAGGAAUUAGAACAAGAAGCUGAACGACUGAAAGCUAGAUUAGCAGCUAAAGAAGAACAAGAAAAAAUUCAAGAAGAAUACAGAAAACUUUUGGAAAAACAAAGACAACAACAAGAGAAUUAUUUAAAUAAUUCUAAUCCAUCACUACCGACUGUUUCUCAAAAUCGGGAAACAAUUUCAGGUAAUCCGAAUCUAGAUCUUCUUUUUCUUUCUUCGAGUCGUCAAGAAAGAAUGCAACAAUUGAGAGCGCAUCAUCAACGUCGUCAUCAAGAACGACACGGAUUGUAUCCGCAAGACGAACAGGAAGAGUGGUACGAACAAGAAAUCAAAGAGAAGAUUGACAAAAAACAAAUUACAAAGACAAGGAAACCACUUCCUUCUAUUCCUCUACAGCAAAUUAGUCAGAAUUAUAGUUCUCAAAGAAGAGUUUUUCCUAAGAGAUAUGAAACUGAAAUGAUGCAUUCCAGGUCUCAAAGCUUUGAUAUAUAUAGAGAAAUGGAAAGGCCCGGAAGCAGAAUGGGAAUAGCAGCCGAUCCUAACAAAUACAGUCAUUACAUGAACUACAAAGAAAUACAACAACAUCUUCGACAGAUUCAACAGAAUCAAAAUCAGAACGUGACCAGGAAGGAAAGACCCAUUUCCAAUUAUUACGAAUACGAAAGUGCGACGCACCAACAGCCUUCGGUCGAAAGUCAUACCAAUUCGUUACCCAGAAGAAGUCGCAUUCCCAGUUCGCAGUUAUACGGUAAGGCACAAAUCACAUCUCUGUUUCACAAUAGACAAUCGAAACACGAAGAACCACGAAGCGGGCGGAACUACGAUCAGCAGUAUCAGGUCAUACCUCACUUUACAAAUACAACCGAAUCCUCCUGUUCCGAAGAAAAGAAAGAGGCAUCCGGAUCCAAGGUCUGAUCCGCAAUCCAUAUCGAAACGAUAAACUUUUACUAUAAAUCUCAUGUAAAAAGGCGACAGUAGUUAAUUAAUCGGAUGUCCGUAUUUAAUACUAAUCGUUAAUCUGUUGUUUUUGUGCGUAUUACAGAUCCUUAAAAUGUGCCUUGAAAUCCAGAAAAGUUUUUACAGAGAUGUAUUUUUUUAUAAACUGAUAUAUUUUUGAAUGUUUCACUUUUGCACCAUGAUAUUAUAUAUAUAUAUAUAUAUAUAUGAUUGUAUAUAAAACGUUUUGAUGUAUAGAAUAUUCAUUUUCACACAUUCCAUCGAUACCAAGAAAACACCGCGCAGUUUUCUUUUGUAUGUAAUUAAACCGAUUCGAGUCUUGUAUAGAACUGUAUAAUUUGAAAUCGUGAAAUAUGUAAAAUGUAAAUGAAAAUACAUCCCUUUCUACAUUUCAAUGAUUUUUAAUCAAUAAAUAUAAUUGCUGAAAUAUAAAAUUUUUAUUGACUCCAUAAAAUCAUGGAUAUUUUUACGUACCCGGUUGGUAUACGGAGGAAAUUGGAUCUUUUUUUGUUUCUUUCCAAGUUUUACAGUGGGAACCCAAAAAAUGUUUUUAAAAGCCAUUAGAAUUUUUGUCCACGGUUCCAUUCCCGAACAGUGGAGGUCCGUCGUGGGUUCACACCUGGCCAGGAC